AUGCCGUGGUUUUUUCCAUUACCGGCGUUGAAAUUAUUCAAUACUCAGGCAAUCAAAGGUAUGAUCUACGAUUUUGUUACUGAGUAUGAAACACCAAAAAUUGUCACUAUUCAUUCGUUAAAAUUUACACUUUUAUUACGUAUUACACAAGUUGUCAUUUUACUCUAUGGUGUUCUCUAUAUGCUUAUCUAUGACAAAGGCUAUCAGAAAAAAGACGCUACUAUUAUUUCGUCUGUAACAAUAAAAGUAAAAGGUAUUGGCUAUUCACGAUCAGCGAAAAAUGAACUAGUGAUCAUCGAUGGAGCCGAUUACGUCAUACCAGCACUCGAAAAUUCAGCUAUCUUUAUAAUGACUAGUUUUGUACGUACAGAUCAAGAACGUUCGAAAUGUGAAGAAUCAAAAGGUCUCAAAGAAGCACGUUGUUCAUCAGAUGAAUAUUGUCAAACAAGAAAUCGUUCACCAAAUGCUAAUGGACGAUGGACAGGAAAAUGUUUAAUUAAGUCAAAUGCUACCGAGGGUUUUUGUGAAAUGGAUGGGUGGUGCCCAGUAGAGGAUGAUCUUAUUCCGUCAGAAACCGUAGAAGAUGCACUAAAUUUUACAAUAUUUUUAAAAAAUUUCAUUGAAUUUCCGGAAUUUAAUGUCAUACGUAAAAAUAUUCGUGAUGAUAUGAAACCGUGUGUUUAUGAUGAGAAACACGAUAAAACUUGUCCAAUAUUUCGUCUAUCAAAAAUUAUGGACGCAGUUGAAAAUGAAGCGGAUGAGCGUGCCAAGAUGUUAAAACUUGGUGGUGUAAUUAAAAUUAAACUUGAUUGGGAUUGUAACUUCGAUUUUCAUGUUAAACGAUGUGCACCUGUCUACUCUUUUGGGCGAUUAGAUACCAAAUUUAGAGAUGAAAAAUUUUCAAAAGGAUUCAAUUUUAGGUAUGUUGAUAAAUCACGAAAUAAUAGUGUACUCCGUUUGUGGAAUCUAAUGAAACCAAAAGUAAGAUCUGAAAUGAGUCAAAUUGUCUGA